AUGAGCAGCAGAAAACUAAAAGAAAGUGAAAUAGAGUCGGCUCUGGAGGAAAUGUUUGAGGAUUUAGAUGAACCAGGAUUGCGAUCUUUAGAUAUAAUAACGGCUUCUCCUCAGUUUUCCACGUCGAGUGAUGAAUCGGACCCGCGAUGUUUUGUAAGAUUUGAAAGGGUAUCGUUAUCGCCUAAACCUUCUACGUCGAAUGCAGAACUGCCUAGUAGCGCCUAUCCUGGUACAGUUCAAACUGAAAGGAGACAGGGAAGUGGAUAUGAGAUGGGUAAGGAAAGUGGACGAGAAAUAGGACAGAGAAGGAGAGCUGAAAAAAGUCGGGAUCAAGGAGAUAGUGGAUCAGAGUCAGAAGUCGGAAACAAAUGCUUCUGA